GAAUCUAAGCUAUUAACUGUAGGCCUAAAACCAGGUUAUAUAUACAUGCGUAUGUUUUAUCAUUCUAAGUCAAAGUUAACGAUUUUCUAUCAACAAAGAAAACAAAGUUAACAACUAAAUCUCUUUUUCCUUUUCAUAGUUAAGUGAUAAUGUUGUCACUACUUCUGCUUGUUUUGUGCCUAACUUUUCCAUUACUUCUGUUCUUCCAGAAACGUAGAAGAAGCCUCAAUGAACCUCACCCACCUGGUCCUAGAGGCCUACCCAUAAUAGGGAAUCUUCAUCAACUAGACAAUUCUAUUCUUUAUCUUCAAUUUUCAAAACUUUCAAAAAUUUAUGGACCAAUAUUUUCACUUCAACUAGGUUUAAGAUCAGCUAUUGUUGUUUCUUCGGCUGAAAUUGCGAAAGAAAUAUUUAAAAAUAAUGAUCAAGUGUUUUCUAAUAGACCUGUGUUAUAUGGCCAGCAAAAAUUAUCUUAUAAUGGGUCAGACAUUGCAUUUUCUCAAUAUAGUGAUUUUUGGAGAGAGAUAAGAAAACUUUGUGUUAUUCAUAUAUUUAGCGCCAAGCGUGUGUCAUAUUAUUCUUCUAUAAGAAAGUUUGAGGUGAAGCAAAUGAUAAAAAAUAUUUCUAAUCAUGCUGCUUCUUCAAAUGUUACAAAUUUGAGUGAGAUAUUGACUUCUCUAUAUAGUACAAUGAUUUGUAGGAUUGCUUUUGGGAAGAGGUACGAGGAACAAGGGAUUGAGAGGAGUAAAUUCCAUGGAAUGUUGCAUGAGUUUGAGGCCUUGAUGACAGCUUUCUUUGUUUCUGAUUAUAUUACAUUCAUGAGUUGGAUUGAUAAACUUAGGGGAUUGCAUGGUCGUCUUGAUAGAAAUUUCAAGGAGAUGGAUGCAUUUUACCAAGAGGUUAUUGAUGAACAUUUGGAUCCAAAUAGACAAAAUACAGAUGGAGAGUUUAUUGUUGAUGUCUUACUCGAAUUGAUGAAACAACGUUUGUUUUCAACUGAUCUCACUUUUGAUCAUAUCAAAGGAGUCCUCGUGGACAUGCUUGUAGCCGCAACAGAUACCACGUCUGCCACGAUAGUGUGGGCUAUGACUGCCCUAAUAAAAAACCCAAGAGUAAUGAAGAAAGUACAAGAAGAGAUUAGGGGAUCAAGAGUUAAAAAGGAUUUUCUAGACGGAGAUGAUCUACAAAAUUUCGUCUAUUUGAAGGCGGUGAUAAAAGAGACAUUGAGAUUGUACCUACCAGCUCCAUUGCUUUUGCCAAGAGAAACAAGGGAAAAGUGCAUUGUAGGUGGCUACCAUAUUCCUGCAAAAACAAUAGUAUAUGUGAAUGCUUGGUCUAUUCAUAGAGACUCUGAAAUUUGGAAAGAUCCGGAAGAGUUUUAUCCUGAGAGAUUCUUAGAGAGUUCUAUAAAUUUUCUUGGACAUGAUUUUGAAUUAAUUCCGUUUGGAGCAGGCCGUAGAAUUUGCCCAGGUAUUUCUGUUGCAGUUGCAUCGUUGGAACUUACCCUUGCUAAUCUUCUCUAUUCAUUUGAUUGGGAAUUACCACAUGGGUUGGUAAAGGAAGAUAUUGAUACAGAAAUGUUGCCAGGGAUCACUCAACACAAGAAGAAUCAUCUCUGCCUUGUAGCCAAAGUCCCUAUGUAGAUUCUAUUUAUUGCAACUCUUAGUUGGGUUUUCAAAUAAUUUUCUAUUUAAAAUGCCUUUGUACUUGUGGCAUUGUUUCAAUAA